GAGAAUCAGAUGGUGAUGGUGACGGGUGAGACCGGUAGUGGUAAAACAACGCAGAUCCCACAGUUUGUUUUAGAAGCAAUGAUGGAUGAAAUCCCUAGGUCUGAUGAUCAGUUGUUGGUUGGGUGCACGCAGCCUCAUCGAGUUGCAGCCAUGUCCGCGGCACGUCGUGUCGCUGAAGAGAUGGAUGUAAAGAUCGGGGAAGAAGUCGGUUACACAGUCCGUUUUGAGGAUCGCAGUAGCCCCCGAACGGUGCUCAAGUACCUGACUGAUGUAAUGCUUCUGAGGGAAGCUAUGGUGGAUCCUCUCUUUUUGAGAUACAAAGUGAUUAUCGUUGACGAAGUUCAUGAUAGAAGUUUAGCCACAGAUUUACUUAUUAGUAGUAUUCUUAACCGCACCUUGAUUAGCCGACCUGAUCUUAAGCUUGUUGUUAUGAGUGCAACCCUACAGGUUUUUAACAAAAGGUAUUUUAGAGGUGCGCCUCUCAUCAAAAUCCCUUCUGGUAGGCUCCUCCAUCCAGUGGAGAUCUUGUACACUCGAGAACCUGUGAUGGACUAUCUCGAGUCUGCCAUAAGCAAAGUUAUCGAGAUUCACAUGUGUGAACCAACAGGUGACGUUCUUGUUUUCUUGACCGGGAAAGAAGAGAUUGAACAUGCUUGCAGCAGAAUUGUCCGUAGUCUUGGAGAUCAAGUCACCGUUGUGCCCUUGUAUUCCUCUCUUCCACCAGCUUUGCAACACAAGAUCUUCGAUCCUACACCACCACCACUUUCAGUGAGAAAGAUCAUCGUCUCCACCAACGUUGCUGAGACUUCUUUGUGCAUGGACGGGAUUGUUUAUGUGGUUGAUCCUGGUUUCUCCAAGCAAAAGAACUAUAGUUUUCUCACUACUGACGAAGUCUGGUUUGUGUCCCGAAUAUCACAAGCAAGUGCUUACCAGAGAGCAGGACGUGCCGGUAGGAAAUGUUUUAGGCUCUACACUGAGAAGACUUUCAAUGACUUCAUG